AUGUGCAGGUUGAUGGUGCACGAGAGGACGAGUGCGAGCAUUGCCAAGCUGCAGGACAUUGAUGACGACAUGCCCAAGCUCUGCGACACACUGGUGCAGGAAUUGCGGGAGCUGGAAGGGUAUGACCGGGUGCUACUGUACCGAUUCCACGAGGAUUUGCACGGGGAGGUGGUGGCAGAGGCUAAGUCGGAGGCUCAGGCGUCGCUGCUGGGCCUGCACUACCCUGCGACUGACUGCCCUCAGGUGGUGGCAGAGGCCAAGUCGGAGGCUCAGGCGUCUCUGCUAGGGCUGCACUACCCCGCCACUGACUGCCCCCAGGUGAAGUGCGGUGCAGUGCGGUGCGUGUCUUGCUCCCAUGUGGUGGCAGAGGCCAAGUCGGAGGCUCAGGCGUCGCUGCUGGGGCUGCACUACCCCGCCACUGACUGCCCCCAGGUGAAGCGCAUUGCAGUGCGGUGUGCAGAGGCCAAGUCGGAGGCUCAGGCGUCUCUGCUGGGGCUGCAUUACCCCGCGACUGAUUGCCCCCAGAUCAACCGUACAAUGUUUGUAGAUGUGCGGCUGAGAUUGAUCGCAGACGUCACGGCGCCCGAUGUGCACAUCAUCCAGCACCCCUCGCUCAGCAAGAACAUCAACCUGUCCAGGUCAACACUCAAAGGCGUGGCCAGCUGCCACAAGGAGUACUGCGCCAACAUCGGCAUCGGGGCCUCUCUGGUGAUGGCGGUGGUGGUAACCACGCGCGGCCCGCAGAGCACGAGUGUGCGCAAGCUGUGGGGGUUGGUGGUGUGCCACCACAUGUCGCCGCGCUUCCUGCCGUAUCCACAGCGGUUCGCGUGCGACUUUCUCCUACAGGUGAGCUCUUAUAACUCUAACUAG